AAUUCGAUUGUGAUUGUAUUCGAAUAAUACGAUAUUCAUUUAUUUUAUUACAAACCUUUUGAAUAGUACUAUAGAUUAGUUUUAUUUUAUUUAAUUUUUCAAAGUUGUUGCUGCACUUUUAAAAUGGACCCCAUUUCAAUUUUACAAAGCAGAAUUGAGCAAUUGGAAGCUAAACUUGGGUUGGCUGCGAAUUCUCCCAUAGAUGGGCAACAGGGCGAUACUGCUACAGCCAAUCUUCUAAACACUGCUCAAGCUAUCAACAAUGCAACUGCAGGACACGAGAAACUUAAUGAAGCCAUGCAUUUGGCCACGGAGCUGAAUAAUUACACUGACCCUAAUUUUGUUGAAAAUAUGCAACAAAAUGACAUUCACAUGCAUGAGGUAGCUGCUGCUGAACCUGUAAUUAAACACCACUGUCAAUGUAUGCAUCGCUGUAAACAGGCUGCAUCCGUCCUGGAGUCAGAACCUAUUCAGCAUGCGGCUCAAAUGCAGGAGGUAGUAAACACCAUGCAGGCUGCUGCUGCAGAAGUAAAAGCUGAAGCAGAUGCUGUGUCUCAAGGUGUCCAAGAACUUGCUGAGACCUGUGGCACAGCGGCUGCUGAAGCUUCUGAACAACUGGCAUAUGUAGCUCAAAAAGUCGAGCAAACUGAGCAGAAGCUCUUCCCCCGGAGGAGGAAUGGACUUGACUAGAACAGUCACUAAAAAGAUUGUGAUAAUGUUGCUAAUUGAUUAACAGAAACCAUUUAUUUAUUCAAACUCGCUUAAAUUAAAAAGUAUUCUUUUUUA